AAAGAAAUAUCUCAAAUCCUUAUCCAUCUUUACUGCUUUUUCCUCCCCGUGGUCUUAGUUCUCCGUUUAGAAAAACAUGCCGCCGUCGGUAAGAUUUCUCCAGUCGAGUUCUGGCACAUCACCGGCGGACAAGACUACUGACACAGCAACAAUGGAUUCUGACGUGGUUGUCAUCCUCGCGGCGCUGCUUUGUGCUCUGAUCUGCGUGGUCGGCCUUGCUCUGGUGGCCCGCUGCGCCUGGCUCCGUCGCUCCUUUUCGGUUUCUGGAAGAGCUCCGCAGCCUCCUCCGCCACCAAGCAAAGGACUCAAGAAGAAGGUGUUGCGGUCGCUUCCCAAGACAUCAUUUGACAUCGAGGCUGCCGCCGGUGGACGGCUGGCCGACUGCCCGAUCUGCUUGGUGGAUUUUGCACAGGGGGAUGAAAUACGAAUUCUGCCGGAGUGUGGACAUGGCUUCCAUGUCAGUUGCGUGGACAAGUGGCUCGGAUCUCACUCUUCCUGCCCCUCCUGUCGCCGGAUCCUGAUCGUCGCUCCGCCGUCCAGGUGUCAGCUCUGCGGCGCCAAUUCAGCCUCCAGUGCAGCUCCCUUAUCGGAAACCGGAUCCAAAGCAAGGGAGGAUGGUGACGCCAACAGGUUCCUGCCCUAAGUCGCAUCAAUCUUCCUCUCCGUUUCUAUCAAAAGAAAUGUAAUUAGAUAUAGAUUUUAUUUAAGGUUUCGUAGUAGAAUCCGAUUCCUAUGUAAUAUUAGGAUUUCAAGAAAAAAACAAUAAUAAAAUUAUCAUAUCUACAUCUAAGAUGGCUUCUCUGA